AUGUCAAAAGAUCACCAUCACCAACAACAUCAAUACCAACAACUCCAUCCUCCAAUUCCUUCACAACAUCACCAUCAUCACCAUCACCAAUCACAAAAUAGUGAUUCAGAACUCAAUCAUGAUAAUCAUAAAAAGUUUGGACAUGAUAGGAUAGUGUCUAAUUCUUUUUCGCCGCCACCUUUACAUCAAUUUAAUAAUAAUAAUAAUAAUAAUAAUAAUAAUAAUAAUAAUAAUAAUAAUAAUAAUAAUAAUAAUAAUAAUAAUAAUAAUAAUAAUAAUAAUAAUAAUAAUAAUAAUUAUAAUAACGAAAACAAUGGAAACAAUGUAUCAUUUAACCCACACCAAUCAAACAAUAAUAAUAAUAACCCUCCAAUGUCUUCAAAUGAACAAUAUAAACCCAUUUAUGGUCAACCAUCAUCCUUAAGUCACCUUUGGUUUGAAAAUAAAUCUAAUCGAGCGAGUAAUAAUAACAAUAAUAAUAAUCAUAAUAACAAUAAUAAUAAUCAUAAUAAUAAUAAUAAUAAUAGUAAUAAUGAUAAUAAUAAUGUAAGCCUAACAGAAUCAUAUGGGCCACAAGCCCAUGAUCAUCCCCAUCACCACCAUCAUCCUAAUCAUCACUCUAACAAUCAAAACCUUUUCAACCAAUUCUCGCUUCAAAAUUCCACACCGUGUAAUUUAUCUAACAAUGCUGAUAUGAGUAAUUCUAAUCAACAUCAUCAUUCAAAUAAUAGUGAAAUAGUUAGAGAUAGAAAUAUCGAUAACAACAAUAAUAUAAAUAAUAAUAAUAAUAAUACUACUACUACAAAUAAUAAUAAUAGUGGCAACAGAGAUAGAUAUAAAGACUCUGUUGAUGUUUUGGAAAAAUCAACAGAAAAGUCUAAAAUAACUACAUUGGGAAAACAUAACACAAAUAUAAAUAAUAAUAAUAGUAAUAAAUAUAAACAAUUAUUACCACCAUUACCAAUUCCGAAUGAACAAUACAAUGGUAUUGGAAUUGAUAAUGGUUUAUCACAUAGUAGCAGUAAUGGGAGUUUGGGUAGUGCCGAUUCCUUAGACUCACCUCAUACCCCAAUGUCAAGUCCUUCACUUUCUUCACUCUCUCUUAGUCAAAACUUACAUAUAAAUAAUAAUAGUAAUAAUUAUAAUAAUAAUAAUAAUGGCAACAAUAAUAACUUCAAUAACAAUAAUUAUAAUAAUAAUAAUAAUAAUAAUAAUAAUAAUAAUAAUAAUAAUAAUAAUAAUAAUAAUAAUAAUAAUAAUAAUAAUAAUAAUAAUAAUAAUAAUAAUAAUAAUAAUAAUAAUAAUAAUAAUAAUAAUAAUAAUAAUAAUAAUUAUAAUAAUAAUAAUAAUUAUAAUAGUAGUAGUAAUAAUAAUAAUAAUAAUAAUAAUAAUAAUAAUAAUAAUAAUAAUAAUAAUAAUAAUAAUAAUAAUAAUAAUAAUAAUAAUAAUAAUAAUAAUAAUAAUAAUAAUGGUAAUAAUAAUAAUAAUAAUAAUAUUAAUUAUAAUCAAAGUCAUAAUUAUAAUAAUUACACACCUCCUAUUUCGCCAUUAUCUACACCACCACUCACACCAACUGGUAGUUCAAUAAGUGGACCAAUUGGGUUUCUCUCGGGUUCGCCACAAAAUUCACCUAGAAAUCCAAACAGUCCUCGUUUGGAUCCUUUGGUUGUUCAAAAUAAUCAAAUGGUUAUAUAUAAAAGACAAUUUGAUCAAAUGUUAACCAAAAGUAUGGGUGAUGUUUGGUUAAAGAUAAACAAAGAUGUUGAAGAAGGCUCACCUACUUUGCCAAGUGCCACAAGUACUUUACCUUUAGCAAGAAUAAAAAAAAUUAUGAAAUCUGAUCCAGGUGUAAAGAUGAUUUCAUGGGAAGCACCAAUUUUAUUUGCAAAAGCAUGUGAAUUUUUUAUAUUGGAAUUGGCAGCAAGAUCAUGGAUUCACACAGAUUUAAGUAAAAGGAGAACCUUACAACGGUCUGAUAUUAUUCAUGCAGUGGCCAGAGUCGAGACUUUCGAUUUCUUGAUCGAUGUAUUACCAAGAGAUGAAAUUAAGCCUAAAAAAGUUGAUGAUAUUAAACCUUCUUAUAUAAAUUCACCAGAGGGCUUUCCAAUAUCUACUUAGAACCAAUACCUAUUAAUAACUCUGGAAGAUUAAAUUCUAACAAUAAUAAUAACAAUAGUAAUAAUAGAGCCUUAACACUAACAAAUCCUUCUCCUUUGAAUUCAAACCUCACAACCCAAUUACCAAAUAUUCCCACUCCUCAACAUCAAAAUCAAAAUCAAAAUCAAAAUCAAAAUCAAAAUCAAAAUCAAAAUCAACAUCAACAUCAAAAUCAAAAUCAAAAUCAAAAUCAAAAUCAAAAUCAAAAUCAAAAUCAAAAUCAGUAUCAACAUCAACACCAACACCAACACCAACACCAACAUCAACACCAACAUCAUCAACAUCAUCAACAUCAACAUCAUCAACAUCAUCAUCAUCAACAUCAACACCAAAACCAAAACCAAAACCAAAACCAACACCAACAACAUCAACACCAAAUUUAUCAGCCAAAUCAGCAACAAAUUCACCAUAUAAAUCAUCAAUUAGGAAUGCAUCACCACAACCCACAUCAAAACCAAAAUCAACACCCUAUGUACUCUCACCAAUUCCAAAAUUAUUCGCAAGUUGCAUUCAAUAAUAAUAAUAAUAAUAAUAAUAAUAAUAAUAAUAAUAAUAAUAAUAAUAAUAAUAAUAAUAAUAAUAAUAAUAAUAAUAAUAAUAAUAAUAAUAAUAAUAAUAAUAGUAAUAAUAGUAAUAAUAGUAAUAAUAGUAGUAAUAAUAACAAUAACAACAAUAAUAACAAUAGUAAUAACAACAAUAACAACAAUAAUAAUAAUAAUAAUAAUAAUAAUAAUAAUAAUAAUAGUAAUAAUAAUAACAAUAGUAAUAAUAGUAAUAAUAACAAUAACAAUAAUUACAAUAAUUAUAAUGGUAAUAAUAAUAAUUAUAAUAAUUAUAAUAGUAGUAGUAAUAAUAAUAGUAAUAAUAAUAAUAAUAAUAAUAAUAAUAAUAAUAAUAAUAAUAAUAAUAAUAAUAAUAAUAAUAAUAAUAAUAAUAAUAGUAAUAAUAAUAAUAAUGGAAACAAUAAUUUUGAAAAUAUAAACCCUUUCCAACCUCAUAAUCAUAUGCAGUCUCAGUACUAUUAUAAUCAAUCAAUUAACCAAUACCAAAACCAAAACCAUAAUAAUAAUAAUAAUAAUAGUAAUAAUAACAAUAGCAAUAAUCAAAAUUCAAAUAAUAUAUAUACCAGACAGUAUGAAAAUGAGGAAGAUGACGAAAAUGAAGAAGAUCAAAAAUCUUCCACUUCAGGGUCAGAGUCAGAAUCUUAA